AUGAAGAAAAGACAGUACAGUCAUUUUUACAACUCACUUUUUUUCGAUCCUUUUUUCCUUUUAUUUCCUUUCUCUCUUUUUUCUUUCGUCAUAUUUACUUUCUACUCUUUUCAUAUCUUGUCUUCCUUUCUUCUUUCCUUCCUUCUUUCCUCGCCUAUUUUCUUUAACACUCUAUCUCUUCGUUCCAUUAUCUUCUUUCCUUUUUUCUUUCAUUCUGUUUUUCUCAAAGCUUUUUCUAUAUUCUACUCUUUCUCUACUCCUAAUCUCUCCCGUCUUUCCUCUUUAUUUUUCUUUUCUUUACCCUUUUUACAUCCCCAGUCUCUUCUGUGCCUUUCUCUGUCUACUUUUUUCUCACUCUUUCCACGUACCUUUUCUUCCUCUAAUUUCAUUUCUCUUUCUUCAUUUCUAUUUUACUCCCUACUCUUUUCUGUGACCCUCACUAUUAUUCACAUCCUUUCGCCACUGAUUUUCUCCUUCUUUUUUUUUUUUUCUUUUCUUUUCUUUUCUUUCCUUUCUUCCUUUCUAUUUUUACUUCUUUUUUUUAAGCAUUUCGCUCCAAGCAAGGCGGGAGUGCCACUAGCACGCAAGUGGUUGUUUUUUUUUUAUACCCCAUUCUCUUUUUCUCUUUCUUUUUCAUCCCCUCCUUUUUUAUAUUUAUCCUUUCUUACCUGUUAUUUCAUCCCUCUCUCCUUCACAGACUACACUUUCUUUUUUCUUUCUUUCUUUCUUUCUUUCUUUCUUUUUCUUGAUCUUUCUCUGCUUUCCUCCUCUCUCUCUCUCUCUCUCUCUCUUCUCUUCUGUCUUUUUUUUUCUUACACGCUUUCUUCUUCUCCCAUGCCACUUCAUUACGCGUUUCUGAAUUCUUCAAAUAUUUUAGCAGUUUCUCAUUAUCUAUCAUUUUAUCUCUCACCCACCCUCUCUCUCCCCCUCUCUCUCUUUCUCUCUCUAUCUAUUUGUAUUUAUCAGUCUAUCUAUUUAUCUAUCUAUCUAUAUUCAGUGUCUAUGUGUGUAUAUCUGUCUGUCCCAAUCUAUCUAUCUAUCUAUCUAUCUCCUUCUGUUAAUAUAUAUCUAUCUAUAUUUAUUAUCUAUGUAUUGCAGUCUCAUCCUAUCUAUCUAUCUAUCUAUCUAUCUAUCUAUCUAUCUUUAUUAUCUAUCUAUUAUGUUUCUAUCUCUCUUUCCCCCCCUCUCUCUCUCUCUAUCUAUCUAUCUAUCUAUCUUAGUCUGUUCAUGACCUCUCUCCCUAUCUAUCUAUCUAUCUAUCUAUCUAUCUAUCUAUCUAUCUAUCUAUCGUCAUUAUUGUUGUGGUAA